AUGUUGCACAAACAUCCAAAUGAAGGAUCACAUACAUACAAUGAUGGAAUCAAAUAUAAUAAUCAAGUGGUAAUCUGCGACGAUUCCAAGUUAUCUGGAAUGGUUGAUCCAGUACGCACUCGAUUAAUAUUGAAAGUGUUUUUAACCAAUAUCCUUCAAGUGUUUCUAUCAAUAUUGAUGACUACAUUAGUGUUCGCAAUAGAUGAUUCCAUUAAAUAUCUUAACCAAAAUUAUUGGAUUCUUUAUAUUUUAAGUUCCAUUUCGAUUGGUGCAACCAUUGCAAUUUUCUUUAUUCAGAGAUUCCCACAUUUGAAAUACCUCACGGAUUUCCUUUAUGUACUACUCAGCUUCAGCUUCGCUGGCUUGAUAACCUGUCUUUCAAUUUACGCAAAGGGAAUGUUCAUAUUUAUCAGUUGGAUUUUGGCCAUCAUUCUAUCAGUGUUAUUGUUUAUGAUUGGAAUAAACAUUAAACGUGAUUUGGUCAGAUACUUUUGGUUGUUUUUGACGUAUAUCGUUUUUAUCCUUAUUAUCAUUACGAUUCUGGUGAUCUUAUGGAUUUUAAAAAUUCCUGCGGUGACGUGGGCGAUUGGUCUCCUCGUUUUAGCCAUCGUAAUUCCGGCUAGUUUAAUUGAAGCUCAAAUAUUUUGUGGAGGAAGAAGAAUAUACUACAGAGCUGAAGAUUUCAUAUUUGCAUCAAUGGUUCAUUUGUUCUUACUGACUUUCUCAUAUUCUGGAUUUAUUUUAAUGCUUCGCAACAUUAAAUUAUCCUAG